AUGGUAUCCCAGCCAGCUUGUGUUCUUGCUGUGGUGCCACAGGACCCCCCACAGCGAGCGGUUCCCGCUACGGCUCCUGAAACGGCUGAAGCGCUGCCGGUGAUGGACGUGCCAGUCGUAGCGGUGGUCAGCACGUCAAGCCAAACAGAUCAGAAGGACCAGCAGCACGGUGAGGCCCAAACCGUAAGCCCGGCUUUGGAGGAGCCUUCAGAGCAUCUGGAGCCCAGGAAGGAGCUGGAGCAGCGCGAUGAGGAGGCCCAAACGGAGAGCCCAAUGGCGCAGGACAGCAAAGAGACGCAGACUGUUCAGGAGCAAUUGGAACAUCCAGACACGCAGCCAGAGAACCAGUCACAGCCAGUGGAUGCACCACCAGCCGUGGAGCUUCAAGAAGCACAGACCCAGACGGAGAACCAGACAGCACAGGACAGCAAAGAGACGCAGACUACUUCAGAGGACCGCGCCGACUUGGAACAUCCCACCGAUAUCGCGACUGCCAUGGAAGAAACUUUAAAGGUGGAUGAUGAUGCACCAGCACUUGCGACCUCAGGCACCUCAACGGCGGAGGCGGCUUCGCAGGAGAGUGCCUGGAUGACACGGGUGCAUCAGCUUAGAGAGCAGGAGUCGCCUUUGCGGUUUCCGUCGCCCUCUUCGCCUCCGGAUCCGGACGUCGUCGCCAAGCGCUUGGGGAUUGAGACGCGGGCCGCCCGGGGCCCUGUGGUGCCGCCGUUGGAUUUUGGGAAGGUGCAGAUGGGCGAAGUGGGCAUCUAUGACUUUUCGGCCUCCAUGAGCAAGGCAAGGAGUUCGGAACUGACACGUGCCAGCUCAGGGUCCCAGGAUGGUCGCUUGGGUCCGGCCUUCACGGAGCCGCUGGCGUUGUCCAAUUUGUCCGGACCGUCCAGCGUGGUCGUCGACCUCACUCCGGAGGAGAGAUACCAACUCUUCAUGCGCCGCAUGCGGCAGAAACACCUGGGAAUGCCCAAGGUCUCUCCCUUCGCACGGCCAUUGACGUUAGCACCGCUCAAAGAUCAUUUCGCCUUCAAAAAGAAGAGAAAAUCUCCGGAGCAGAGCUACUUUUCACCUGGCGAUGCCAUUGGCAUAUUGGCAUCGCCAAUGGAAGAGCAGCUUCUUGCACCAAAAUGCAGCUGUGCCGGUUUCACCAUGUUUCACCGGGGUGACAUCAGGGACAGAAUCAUGACAUUAUUUGGGAGAAAGGGUUUUAAAGUUGUUUGA